CAGUCCACUUCUAUCAUCUGGGGAUACAAAUGGUUUUUUUAUCCACAUUCGCAGUCCAUCAUUGGAGCCGAAUUAUAAAUGAUAACGUAGAACUACAGUAGUAAACGUAUAAAACCAUGGGACUGACUCACUGCAGCGCUUGACGCGGAGAGAUUUGAAUGUUUGGUAGAGAGGGACUCUGAAGUAACUGGACAGACUGAAACUUAGUAUCGCCAAACUUUGGAUGGUUGCAGGAGUAACAGGCGAUUCCCAGCACACGGGUGGAUAUUAAAUGAUGCCCGUGGACUGUUUUAGAUGGGUUAUUUCAGUGUGGUUUUGUAGGAACAGCGCAGUGUAUGCGCAGACGAAGCGCAAAAGUGCUGCGCCGAAAAACCGCAAUCUGAUCAACCCCACAAGCUUUCUGAUCUGAUCAUGGGACAACUGGGAAUGCCUCGUUUUUUCUAACAUCAGCAAUCACGUUUGUAAGAUUUGGGGGGGAGUGCGGAUUACAUCGGUCUUUGACGGAAGAAAGUUUCCUCCAUUUCGUUUUUAAAACAGACUUUUGUGGUGCUAUUUGCGUGCCAAAAUGCCUCAGUUAAAUGGAGGAGGUGGUGAUGACCUUGGAGCGAAUGAUGAACUGAUUUCCUUCAAAGAUGAAGGCGAUCAAGAGGAGAAAAUAUCGGAGAACGUGUCGUCGGAGAGAGAUCUGGACGAUGUGAAGUCUUCACUAGUGAACGAAUCGGAGAACAACAGCAGUUCAUCGGACUCCGAAACAACAGACAGGCGUCCCCAUCCCAGACUCGACCUAGAAAGUUACGAGAAACAGCGGGAGUACUUUGCGGAAGCUCUGAGGCGACAGCAAGAUGGAGGCUUUUUCAAGGGACACCCUUAUGCUGGUUAUCCGUUUCUAAUGAUCCCAGAUCUCACAAAUCCAUACCUCUCGAACGGGUCUCUAUCUCCCAGCACACGAACGUAUCUACAGAUGAAAUGGCCUUUUCUUGAUGUUCCUGGGGCAGCGGCCAUUAAAGACUCCAGAUCACCCACACAAGGGCACUUAUCCAACAAGGUGCCUGUGGUACAACACCCCCAUCAUGUUCACCCCCUUACACCCCUGAUCACAUACAGCAAUGACCACUUCUCCCCCGGGACGCCCACAUCUCACCUUUCGCCAGAGAUUCUUGACCCCAAGACAGGCAUACCAAUGACCCCUCACCCGUCAGAGCUGUCCCCAUAUUACCCUCUCUCUCCUGGGGCAGUUGGACAGAUUCCUCAUCCUCUAGGAUGGCUGGUUCCUCAGCAAGGACAGCAUAUGUACUCCAUCCCUCCCGGAGGCUUCAGACACCCCUACCCUGCACUCGCCAUGAACGCUUCCAUGUCUAGUCUGGUAUCCAGUCAUUUCUCUUCUCACAUGGUGCCUCAUCCUUCUCACAGCCUGCACCAGACUGGCAUCCCUCACCCCGCCAUUGUGUCUCCUGCCAUUAAACAGGAGCCCAGUGGCGACAACGCCAACAACUCAGCUCACGGAAAGCCCUCGGUGCCUGUGAAAAAAGAGGAUGAUAAGAAACCUCACAUUAAGAAACCUCUGAACGCCUUCAUGCUCUACAUGAAAGAAAUGAGGGCCAAAGUAGUGGCAGAAUGCACCCUGAAAGAGAGCGCAGCCAUUAACCAGAUCCUAGGCAGAAGGUGGCACUCUCUUUCACGCGAGGAACAGGCCAAAUACUAUGAACUUGCCAGGAAAGAACGGCAGCUGCAUUCUCAGCUUUAUCCAGGCUGGUCCGCGAGAGAUAACUACGGAAAGAGGAAGAAACGGAAGAGAGACAAUAAACCUGACUCCCCACAAGAGAGUCAUUUCUCACCCCAACCCAUGAAGCAGUGCAUCCCGUAUCUGCCGUCCGAGAAAAUGUGUGACAGCCCUACCUCCUCUCAUGGCAGCAUGCUGGACUCACCCGCCACACCCUCUGCUGCCCUGGCGUCUCCAGCGGCCCCUGCGGCCACUCACUCAGAACAGGCACAGCCGCUGUCCCUGACCACCAAACCAGAGGGGCGAGCACACCACCCCCACUUCCCUCAGACAGGGAAAUCCUGUGUUUCUAGAUCCACUUCCAAUUCCUCGCCCACUUCCACCACCUCUAUUUCCACCCAUCCGAACAUCUCUCUCCACAGCCAAUCAGCAGCCCUCCUCUCCCGCCCCAUUCCCUUCACCACCCUGCCCCCCUCUCUGCUGUCCCCAUCUUCGUCUUUCCACCAGGCAGCCCUACAUUCCCGUCAUGCCUUACUUCAGACACAACCACUCUCCCUGGUCACCAAAUCAGUGGAGUGAAUGGAAUAAAAUGACAAAAUAAACUUUUUUACAACUAUAUAUUGUUUUGUUUUUGUUUUUUUAAACUUUUUAUAGAUACUAGACUAAGUUUUUAAGAUAGAAUGAAAAGGAAUAAUUAUUGGUCAAUAUUUGACCACCUCUCUAUUUUGCUUUUCUCUGAAACAAAAGUGUAUUUUUUUGUAAAUUGCCUAAUGGUGACCUUUUCCAACGUGAUUCUCCUAUGUUGCUACUUGUAUAAAGGACAAAUGUAUAAAGGUUUCAUUUUUUUAAGACAAACUUGAUCAAAUGCAAAUUGUAGUUUUAGUUUAAUUCAGUCUAAUGGUAGUUAGGAGUUUAAUUUUCAAAACAGUUUGAUUUUCUUUUCUUUUUUUUCUUCUUGCUUUUGGUACCAUCUCACCCUUUUCCUAACCCUGUGUGUGACUCUCCUAAGACUCCAUAGCUAAUAAACCUCAAGUUAUUUCUAAAGGCUGCAUUGUCUUUUUGGUGGUUUGAGACUUGCAUGUGAUGACCGAAUAAAUAAUGCAACAUGGAUCCUCUGAAUAGACGCAGUAUCAGACAUUCUGACAACGUUCAUUAUCUAAUUGGGACUCAUGAUGUGGUAUCUGUAAAAUGCGAGCACUCGUGAUUUGCAGAAUCGAAAUUACAUAAUCUAUUGUUUCAUAAAAGUCAGACACUCUUAUUUAAAUUUUUACAUUUCUCAUGUGGCGAAAAUACUCCUGGAGAGCAGCUUAAAGGUGUUGUAAGCAGUUCUAGAUCUUCGGCCAGACUUAUCCACUGAAUAGGACAGGCCCUGUCUUUCCAAAAAAAGAUGUGCAUAAAUUCAGAGACACUUGGGUUACAUUCACACUUGCAUUCAAUGUGGCACCAAUGUGAUAUGUUUUUACACCCACAUGUGACACGGAUCUGCUAGAUGUAUGACAGCGUAAACUGCGACAAUUGCUUUGAAUCUGACAUUUUCAGAUCCAAACUGGGCCACUUUCAUAUGUGGAAACAAAUUGGAUACGUAUCUGAUUUUUUUUCCCAAUGUGAUUUAGUGUGAACAGUCAGGUUGGAUUUAACGUGUUUUAUUUUUAUUUGUACAUCAAUCUAACUCGACAUCUUUCAUCUGUGCACUUUAUUUAUUGAUUGAUUCAAACAUUUGGUUGCUAGUCUAAUCUUUUAACAAAUUCAGUUUCAUUUUAAGGAAAGAAAAUAAAAUUAGGGGCUUCAAGACGGGUUCAGUGAUGCAUUUGGAUUACACAUAAAUACUAAAAUAAAAAAUAGCAUGAAAAGAUAACCAAACAAAUAUUGAUUUACAGAAUCAGAAACCAUGCUAGCAAGUCAAUGCAAUUCUGAAAUAAUUUUAAAUAACUCUUUACUAACCUUACAUAUAUGUAAACCUAUUACCUGGUGUUUCGCUCUGAAGUAAUAUUACAUUCUUGAUCUUUGAUGGAAAUUGUACAGUACUACUGCAAAUGCCUACUGUGACGUUAGUUGUAAAAAGCAACCGUAGCGAAAUAGAUUUCUCAUUCCAAAUCUUAUUUUUGAAAAAGUUGGUGGUAUAGAGUUUCUUUUAAAAUAUGACUUUGGGGUUAAUAAGCUCCCCAUUCAGUUAUCCAAUUUUCAUAGACAGGCUCUUUUAUGUUGGCUUCUUAUAUACAAACAUAACUUUUCUCUCCACAAACAGUUAAUAUGGAACAAUAAAAUGGUUAAAUAUAAGAAUAAAUCAAUCUUUUACGACAAUUGGGUUAAAAAUGACAUUCUAAUGGUCUCACAAUUGAUAAAUAACAAGGGUUUCUUACUUACAUAUACUGAAUUUUUAAACAUAUUUGGGAUUCCAAUAUCUCCACGAGAAUAUAGUACUGUUUUUGAUGCAAUACCAGUAGGUUUUUUGAGACUAUUGAGAGGCAGUAGUGAACCUCAUAAGCAAUCAAUGGAUAAAAAACAGGUUUUGUUAAACGGUGUUGAUAUAAAAGAUAAUAAAUGUAAUAAUACAUUCUUCAGAUGCUUGAUUCACUGUCCUGCUACACCUCGAAAUAAAUAUUUUUGGAAUGAACAUUGUGGAAAUAUCAAUUGGAGAUCGACUUGGACCUAUACUAAUAAAUAUUGUAUUAAUAACAGAGUGUACGAAAUAUACUUUAAAAUUAUACAUAAAAUUUAUCCAACAAAUGAGUUCAUAAAAAGAUAUAAAAAUGACCUUUCUGAAUCCUGUACAUUCUGUAAAAAGGAUACUGAAACUGUAUUACAUCUUUUCUUUGAAUGUAUGUAUGUGAAGUUUUUUUGGAUUGAUGUGGAAUAUUUAUUUAAUAUGUUGAGUGGAAUUAAGAUUAGUAUAGAGAAAAGAGAUGUUUUUUAUUUAUUUUUUAAUAAAAAAAAAGAUAUAGACAAGAGUCACAAUUUUAUGUUAAAUUUGAUCUUAUUACUUGGUAAGUUUUACAUACAUAAAUGUAAAUGGCCUGAAAGGAUACCUAACAUCUACCAUCUACCAAAGCUGAUAUGAAGAUUUAUUUUGAAACACUGAAAGGACUCUCAAACCGCAAAGCAACCAGAACGAUGGAUAUCCUCAAAAAAUUUAAUUCCUCUUCUUUAUUUUAAUUAUACAUUUAUACCUCCUUGACAUUGUUUUUUUUUUUUCUUCUUUCAUUUUUUUUCUAAUGUGUGAUUGAAUGUUCUUUAAUUUCAUUGAUAUGAAUGUUAUC